GUGGUUGGCGGGGGUCCGGCUCCGGGGCGGGGUGUGUAGUUCGGGGGCGGGGGUCCGGCUCCGGCUCCGGGGCGGGUUCUGUGCCGGGAGUGGGGUCUGGGGAGGAGAGAGGCAGAUUGCGAGGAGCACACCGUUGGGAUCAGUUUGCGGACAUGGUGCGGGCGGGCUGGGGGUCUGUGCGGCUGCUGCUCUUGCUGCUGCAGGCGGCCCGGCUCCGGGCGCUCUCCCCGGGGCAGCUGCUCCCUCACGGCGAGCGGGCUGGAGACCAACUGUUGGAGCCCGGGGACGAUGUCUCCUCGGAAGCAGUGAGGUUGGCGCAGGCUCUGCAUUUAUUCGACAGCACGGUGAAGAACUUGUACGUGAACACCAAUGGAAUCAUAGCAAUCAGCAAGCCCCCAAGAGAAGUGGAUUUUGUCGACACAUUCCCACCAAGGUUUGGAUCUGUUGCCCCAUUUCUAGCCGACUUGGACACUUCUGAUGAAGUGGGGAAGGUCUAUUACAGGCAAGACUCUUCUCCACAAAUCCUGAACCGGGUUGCACAGAUGAUAAACCAAGGCUUCAGCAACCUGAACUUCCAACCUGUUAAUGUUUUCAUUGGCACCUGGGUCAACGUGAGUGCCCAUGUGGAGUUUUGGCAAGGCGACCAACCACUGAACAAGAGAAACACCUUCCAAGUGGUUUUGGCUUCCGAUGAAUCCAGUUCCUACGCUGUUCUUCUGUACCCUGAAGGUGGUUUGCAGUUUUAUUCAACACGACCCAAAGCAGCGAAUAACAUUGACUUGGACCUGCCAGCUCGUGUGGGCUUCAGCAGCGGGGAAAGGAGUUUCAUUCUAUUUACGCUUGAAGGACCAUCCUAUGCUGUUACAUCUGGCAGUGAAGAGUCUGUUAAAAACCUAUACCAAGAUGGUAAUUCUGGGGAAAGAGGAGUUUGGAUCUUCCAACUGGGGAGUUCUUCAAACCACACCAUCCUGCCUGCCAGUGGAGGGGCACUCCACCUUGGUGACCCUGUUCUGAACACUUUUAGCACUGCUACAACUGUGGACCACGAGAAGGAUCCUUUUCUGGAUAUAACUGAGAAUGGGACAGACCUGGAUGAUGAUUCCCCUGAAGAAGAAAAGGAGGUUGAAACCAUUGUAGCCUACAGGCCAACUUCACAGCAGAAUCCAGAAGACCGUCGUUUUGUGGAGCAGGUUCCAGUUGUAGCUGUGAACCCAGUCCAGUUCCAGCAUCCACGAUUUCACCAUCAGAGAGUUGAGCUGUUGGACACAGAGUUGGACGUGACUGGAAAUGUGUUCUCAUACAACACAGAGAGGCAACUGAGGUGCAGCAACAGCCGUCACGUCUGCUCGACCCACGGCCAAUGCAGAGACUAUGCGGCAGGCUUCUGCUGUCAUUGUAAUCCUGGCUAUUAUGGCAACGGCAAACAGUGCGUCGCAGAGGGGACCCCGCAGCGCGUGAAUGGGAAGGUGAAUGGAAAGAUCUUUGUAGGAACCAACCCGGUGCCUGUCCAGUUCGAGAACAUCGACCUUCAUUCGUAUGUGGUGGUUAAUGAUGGGCGGUCGUACACGGCUAUCAGCAGGAUCCCGGCAACAGUGGGGUGGUCUUUGUUACCAUUGUCCUCAGUGGGAAGUAUUAUUGGUUGGAUGUUUGCUUUGGAGCAACCUGACUAUGAAAAUGGAUUCAGUAUUGUUGGUGGCGAAUUCACACGUCAAGCAGAAGUGACCUUCAGCCCUGGUAAUGAGCAGCUGACUAUCAACCAGCAGUUCAGUGGGAUCGAUGAGCAUAACCACCUCACAAUUGCUACCACACUAGAAGGGCGGGUGCCUGAAAUUCCGCGAGAGUCAACCGUGCACAUCGAGCCUUAUAACGAGCUGUACCACUACUCAAGCUCUGUAAUCAUGACCUCUUCCAACAUCCAGUACACGGUAGAGUUUCCUGAUCAGUCCUCUCGGGGGUAUUCCUUCCAGCUGAAGCAGACCAUCAGUUUCCAGGGCUGUAUCCAUGACGACAGCGCACGUCCGGUGCCUGCCACUCAGCAGCUGUCUGUGGAUCGCACCUUUGUCCUGUAUGAUAAAGACGAGCAGAUACUCCGAUACGCAAUGAGCAACAAGAUCGGACCAGUCCAAGAUGAUUCGAGUUCGGUAAACCAGAACCCCUGCUACACCGGAACCCAUGGAUGUGACACCAAUGCAGCUUGCCGCCCAGGGCAGGGGAAUCAGUUCACUUGUGAAUGUUCUGCUGGUUUCUACGGUGACGGCCAGACUUGCUAUGAUGUUGAUGAAUGCAGAGACAACCCCUCAAUUUGUGGAAACUAUGCAGUUUGUAACAAUCAGCCAGGGACCUUUCGAUGUGAAUGUUUCACAGGCUAUCAGUUUGCAGAUGAUGGUCGAACCUGUGUGGCUGUUCAGCGUCCUGAGAAUCCAUGUCAAACCAGGACUCACAACUGUGACUCACCUGAUCGUGCUCGUUGCAUCUACAUCGGGGAUUCGGACUACAUGUGCGUCUGUUUAGCAGGGUUCUCUGGGGAUGGUAAAUCUUGUGUCGAUAUUGAUGAGUGCCAGCCAAGUCGAUGUCACCCGUAUGCUCAGUGCUUUAACACUCCUGGGUCUUUCAGUUGCCAGUGUGCCCCUGGUUAUCAAGGCGAUGGGUUCCAGUGUACACCAACAGGCUCUCAGAAAACAUUAUGUGAGCGUCACAGAGACAACGUCCUGAGCAGCAUACUGCCCAGAGGACCAAGGCCCAUAGAGCACUAUGUGCCACAGUGUGAUGCUCAAGGGAACUACCUGCCAGUACAGUGUCACCAAGCCCAACAAAGCUGUUGGUGCGUAGACUCGAAUGGUCACGAAAUUGCAGGAACCAGGACUAGCCAUGGAGUUCGACCCCCGUGUCUUGACACAGUCACUUCUCCUGUUGUAGUCGGGCCCACGACUCGACCAGAUGUCAUUCCGCUGCCCCCAGGCACACAUCUACUCUUCGCACAAAAUGGAAAAAUAGAUCAUAUCCUGAUGGAGGGCUUCAACCUGAAGAAAAGUGAAGCAAAGACUUUACUCCAUGUUCCUGAUAAGGUGGUCAUUGGUGUUGCGUAUGACUGCGUAGACAAGAUGGUAUAUUGGACUGACAUCGCUGGGCGCACCAUCAGCCGGGCUAGUCUUCAAGGAGGAGAGCCCAUGACCAUCGUCGCAAUAGGUCUCGAGAGCCCCGAAGGAUUAGCCAUUGACCACCUGGGCCGCAACGUCUUCUGGACAGACUCUGGGCUGGACAGAAUUGAAGUGGCUAAACUGGACGGUGACCAGAGGCGGGUGCUCUUCACCGAUGACCUGGUCAACCCACGGGCAAUCGUUGCAGAUCCUGUCCACGGGAACCUGUACUGGACAGACUGGAACAGAGCAGCUCCCAAGAUCGAGACCUCCUACAUGGAUGGAACAAACAGACGGAUUCUUGUGAAAGACGAUCUGGGCCUGCCCAACGGGCUGACCUAUGACCCGUACGCUGCAGUGUUGUGUUGGGCUGAUGCAGGGACCCAGAGGUUAGAAUGUAUAAAUCCGGAUCGCAGUGGACGCAGGAAGAUCCUUCAGGGUAUCCAGUACCCCUUUGGAGUUACAAGCUAUGGAAGAUAUUUGUACUACACAGACUGGAGGAGGGAGUCUGUCGUAGCCGUGGACCGUACUAUUGGACGAGAGACUGAUGAACAAAAGCCAACCAGACAGUCCCGUCUGUAUGGAAUAACCACAGCUUACUCGCAGUGUCCCCCAGGACAGAACCACUGCGCUGUAAACAACGGAGGCUGCACCCAUCUAUGCCUGGCUACACCUGGGAGCCGGUCUUGCCGCUGUCCGGAUACUGCAACAUCUGUCAGCUGCGUGGAGUCAAACUAACAGCUGAGUGUUUCAGGGAGAUCUCGUUACUGUUAAGAGUCAAACCUCUUCCUCAGAAGCCAAAUUCUGCCAAGAAAGUUAAAAUAUCAUUUUUAAUUUUUUUGUCAUUUUUAAAUUACUUUUUUAUUUGGAAUUUAGUUCACUUUUUAUAAAAUUACAACUGUAAAUAUGUUUUCUUACAGUUCACUAAAUUGUAUUACGAGUGAUGUUUAGUUCUAACUUUAUGUUGCUUCACUGUACUGUUACUUCACCAUGAAUGAAGCGAACACAUCAGGUAUUAUGUUAUGCUCUGUACAGCUUUUCAAAAUAUAGCAAACAAAAUAAAA